AUGUUUCCUUAUUAUUUAGACACCGAGAUAUGCCUAUCUUUACUCUAUAAAACCCUCUCGCGCCCGGCCGACAGCAGAGUCGUCAUUUUGGAGCCCACCGCGAGGGGUUUCAACAUUGAUUCUGGUUCUUCGCGCAGCUUGCGAGAGAACGCUCACUCCGAUCUUCGUCGAAAUCUCCGUGAAGAGAUAUUCAUUGCAGUACACGACCCCACAACCGUUUCCUUCGACAACGAGUCUCUCUUUGACCUUGUACCCGACCACCUUUCGCGGCACAACAAUCUCUCGCCACAUUCCCCGAGCUCGCCGACUUUAGCUUGGCUAUUCAACGCACCUUUGACGCCUUCAACUCCGUCUACACCUUUGCUUCCUGCUACCCCCGUUCCUCCGAUCAUGGCCAAUCCGAUUCCAAUGCCGGCUCGAGGAGAUCGCAACGCUCCAGUCUUCGAUUCGUCGAGGCCACAUGAGCUGCGUCGCUACUUCUCUGAUCUCGAAUUCCUGCUGACUCGUUCUGCUGUCACGGAUGCCGCCGAAAAGAAGGGCCACGCAGUUCGUUUCCUUUCGGUCGAUGAUCAGGAGAUCUGGGAAGGAUUAGCGUCCUUCUCAGAUGCGGGAAAAUCCUACGAAGAUUUCAAGGCUGAAGUACUUGGCCUUUACGCUGGCAACGAUGCUGAUCGCCGGUUCAGUCUUGAUGACUUAGACCGACUGGUUGGACAAACAUCUCGGGUCGGGAUUCAUACAAAAGAGGAUCUCACCCUGUUCUAUCGCCAAUUCCUCCACAUAACAACGUUUUUAAUCAGCAAGGGGCGGCUCUCUGUAUCUGAACAGAGUCGUUUCUUCCUGCGAGCAAUGCAUCCGACUUCGUUAGCUGCAGCUGUUCGGCAACGGUUGCAGAUCAAGAAGCCCGAUGUGCAUCCCGAGGAUCCAUACGAUUUAACAGACCUUUAUGAUGCUGCUAAAUUCGUUCUCGCAGGAUCGUCAAGCUCGUUCCCGUCGUUGCCGUUGCCUUCGCCAAAGGCUGAGGUUAUGGUGAAGCCUGAUCCAGGCAUUUCUGCGCUUGUCUCGUCGGUUUCAGACCUUGUGCGCAUUAUCGCGGCUCAGCAAUCAACUCAGCCGGCUGCUCCGGUAACAACUGCACCUGCUCCUCGACGCCCACGGCCCGAUGGCUGUGGCUACUGCAGCGAACUGGAUCAUUUUAUCGGCCAGUGCCCACAUGUGGUUACAGAUACCCGUGCUGGGAAGUGUCGACGAAACACGGAUGGGAAGGUCGUACUCCCAUCCGGUGCUUUUGUUCCUGGUUCUAUUCAGGGACGCAACCUACGAGAGCGCAUCAGCAAGUGGCAUGAGGCGAAUCCAGGUCAGACUGCAGCCGCGCAGAUGAUGCUAGAAGUUACUCACCAAAAUAUGUUUUCCUCCUUGUUUUCGGGCCCGGAAAUCGCGCAAACGUUUACGCUGACGGACGAGGAACGCAUGGAAGUGCUGAAAGCCGAAAUGUAUCAGCUCCAAACGCGUGCUCAGGCAAAGCGAGCCAUGGAAACGAGAAAUCAGCCUGACGCACCUGAUCGCACUAUUCCAGCUCCGACUCGCAAUUCCCCGCCUCCAGUGCACGCUCCUGUGCCUGCCCCGGUUCCACCGACCUCCGCACCUCUUCCGUCAACUCAUCCGUUCGCCGCGGCUCGUGAUGGCGCAUAUGCGCCUCCGAAACAGCGAAAUCUGGGUGUGCCAGCUGCAAAAGCACUACCCCCCCGUUCUGCGGCGCCCAUCUACAAUCCCAAGGACGCAGCAACCGUAUUUGAUAGCGUUCUCGACACACCUAUCACCCAGACGCUCCGGCAAGUUCUGUCAACAGCUCCCGAAGUUCGUGCGCAGAUGCGCGAAGCUACGAGUUACCGCCGUGCUCCGGCCAAGACCGGCGAUGUUGCUCCGCAGUUCUUCAAAGCUGCAUCUGUCGCGGUCGCUGAGGAGACGGAGGCAUGGCCAUACGAAGAUGAGGAUGCGCUGGACCAGAUGCUGCAUCAACAGCGAGAUCUUGAUGCACAUCUGGCGUCAAUCUCCGAGCAGUUUCCAGCUGCCUAUGCUAACGCGUCGAGGCCGCCUCCGCAGGAUGCUUGGGUCGUGCCGGACGAGUUUGCGUAA